AUGUACAACUUCACGUUGCUGGUGGUAUUCUCGUUAAUCUUAAUUGAGUGCCUUUGUUUAACACCUCAGUGUAGAAAUGAAAGGGGGGAACCUGUUGACUGGUUCUAUGUUUACAAAUUGCCACGGGAGAGAAACCAUUUAAACCCCUUGGUACGAAGAGGGGUAGCUUACAUGUAUCUCACACCAUCCAAGCUUAGAGGGGGCUGGAUUAUGUCUGAUUUGGCUAUAAGUGAUCCUCGCUCUAUGGUUGGAAAGACUUUGAUGCCAUUGUACCAAGAUAAAAAUAUAAUCUCCUUAGUAUACAACGAUCAGCCACCUGCUUUUGAACAUCAGCCAGACAUCUUGCAUUCCGUUGCAGAAAUGUAUUCUAAAAGCAAAAGAGGUCAAAUGAAUCAAGCUGGUGUGAAGAAGUUUAAGAAAUUUAAACUGGGCGACAAAUACUAUGAUGAUUAUGAUUUAGCUGAAAUGUGUAAAAUGCACUCAAAGUUUAUGAAGUCAAGAGUUGAGAAUGGUCACACAAAAGGAGUCAUUUUAGGUGAUAAGUUCACAGCACUUUGGCUAGUGCAUUCUGUCCCAAGAUUUCCUCCACUGCCUGAUAUUCAUGGUCUUAACUAUUCUUCGUAUAAUUAUCCGGCUACAGGCACGAAAUAUGGACAAUCUUUCUUAUGUGUAUCUGUACAGACCUCAACGCUGAACCAAAUUGCAACCCAGCUAAAAUACAAUGAACCCAUGAUUGUAUAUCACCAUAUACCACAAGACUUCGAUAACGAACUUCCUAAUUUAGUCGAUGUUGUGCAUAAUAAGACAAUUGAUGCAUCUCCAUGGUACCAUAUAGAAAGUUUUGAAACUCUGGUUGGUCGCAAGUUCUUGUCUUUCGCAAAGAGCGCAAUGUUUAACGAUGACUUGUACAGUGGGUUGGUGGCGGAGGUACUACAGUCAGAUCUUUUGGUAGAAUCGUGGACCAAUGGACCUGGUACAUUAGACUCUGAAUGUACAAGGAAUUUCCAGGUGCGAAACAUCGAACGCCUCAAGUUCCCGAUCGCGAAGAUGUCGUUCACUUCGCACAACGACCACUCGAAGUGGGCGGUCGCGGUCGCUCACAAGAUGCACAACAGUCAGGACACCAAGGUUGCCGACUAUUGGGUCUGCGUCGGAGACAUCAACAGGGCGCUGCCUCAAGAAUCCCGAGGCGGCGGCACAGUUUGCACUUCCGGCCCCAUCCUCUGGGGCAAUUUCGCGCAUCUCAUCGAAUCAGUCCAGACGUGCAAUUAG